AUGUCUCGCAAACCAGUGGUCAUCACCGGGUGCAGCGAAGGCGGCAUCGGCGCGGCCCUGACCCUCGAGUUCCACGUCCAGGGGUACCGGGUCUUCGCGACGGCGCGGAACGUGGACAAGAUGCGGCCGCUCGCGGGGAAGGGGAUCGAGACCCCGCCCUUGAACGUGGACUCGGACGAGUCGAUCGCGGUGUGCGCGGCGUCCGUGGCGGAAGCGACGGAGACCGGGACCGGGACCGGGACCGACGAGUCCAAGCUCGAUUGCCUGAUCAACAACGCGGGCGUGCACCACGUGCUCCCGUUCACGGACUCCCGGAUCGACGACCUGCGGCGCGUCGUCAACACCAACGUCGUUGGGACGUUGGCCGUCACCCACGCCUUCGUCCCGCUGCUGAAUAUUUGGCGCGGAGGCUCGUCGACUUGGGCUUGGUUUUUGCCUUGGUUUGGGUGGGAGGGAAUAUUUGAUUCUUCCUUGGCUACCUAAACA